AUGAGGGCAAGUUGGUUACCGGUUGGAUGUGUCAAGACAGGAUUUGGUGGAAUGGAAAACACUCGAUCCCUAGCGAUCAUUACAAGCAUCACGUCAAUAUUCUUCCCGCCAAACCUCAUUUCAGGAUUGCGAAUAUCGUGUCUAAUGGGCGCGUACGAAGAGGGAACUCCGGAAAGCAUUCAUACGAUCCCGAUAACAAUCGAGGAAGAUGAUUAUUUCCAUUCCCUGGAGCAAUCUGUUGAUCUAUCUAGACCAUCAUGUGAGCGACAAGAUCAACGCAUGACUGUGAAUUUGAAUGCUACGAAUGAGGAGAAAAAUACUCGAAUCACACCAGAACUCAUCUCUCCCCCUCUUCAUGAUCAGAAUUAA